GCGCCUUGAGUCGGUCCAUCUUCCAGUCAGAUUCUGAAAAGUUCAUGUUUUGUUUUGGUUUAUCAUCCCGGACGUCGGUGUUGUUGGUAUCAACCGUGUGGCCGUUGGCGAAUGUAGUCGACUUGUUUCAGUGGAUCGGAUAUGUAGUGGAGAUUGUGAAUUUACAAAGUGAUUUAUUGUGUGAAUAAAUGCAUGGGUGAUGUGGGUGACAGUGUUGAAUUGUGCGGUUAUAGUGUAAACAUGGGAACCACACAGAGUUCAAAAGUUGAUCCUCCGCCGCCUCCUGUAGAUCUUCCAAGAGCUCACAAUGUGCGAGCUAGCAUCCGCUCCAAAGUACCUAUGCCUGACCAGAAUGAACUUGAAAGAAGGUUUACCAAAGUUCUGGCUUCCAUGGACUUGCCGCCCGACAAGGCCAAAGUGCUCAAGCAGUACGACGACGAGAAGAAGUGGGACAUCAUCUGCGAUCAGGAACGAGUGCAGGCCAAAGACCCACCCUCCCACUAUCUCAACAAGCUGAGGACCUACCUUGACCCCAAGGCUUCCAGAAGUUCGAGGAAGAGGAAGAUCGUGGGAGACGCCACGUCCACACAAGUGCUGAAAGACCUUGAGAUCUCGCUGCGGACCAACCACAUAGAAUGGGUGCGAGAAUUCCUGAACGAGCAGAACCUGGGGCUGGACUCCCUGGUGGAUUACCUGAGUUUCCGAUUGGUCAUGUUGAGACACGAGCAGCGUCUGAGCGAGUCACGAUCACCGUCUGAGGAGCGAGUCAACACUUCCACCUCAGGCACGCCUGGAGUAUGCUCUAUCCUAUCGGCCACCCUACACUCAGGCAGUCACUGUCGACCACCCCUGGAGACCCUGGAUAGCCCAGAUGUCCGGAAGCGUUCCCGUCACGCUGCCAAACUCCGAAUGGGCGACCCCAAGGACGACAUCCACGUCUGCAUCAUGUGCCUCCGGGCCAUCAUGAACAACAAGUACGGAUUCAACAUGGUUAUACAGCACACAGAAGCUAUCAACAGUAUAGCUCUCAGUCUCAUACAUAAAAGUUUAAGGACGAAAGCCCUGGUCCUGGAGUUGCUGGCAGCCAUUUGCCUGGUCAAGGGUGGCCACGAGAUCAUUCUCUCCGCCUUUGACAAUUUCAAGGAGGUGUGUCACGAGAAGAGGCGUUUCCAGACUCUCAUGGAGUACUUCAUCAACUACGAGGUCUUCCAUAUAGAGUUCAUGGUUGCUUGUAUGCAGUUUGUCAACAUCAUUGUACACUCAGUGGAAGACAUGAACUACAGGGUCCACCUGCAAUACGAAUUCACCAAGCUCGGGCUGGACGACUACCUGGAGAAACUGAGGCACACGGAGAGCGAGGAUCUUCAGGUGCAGAUAUCAGCGUAUCUGGACAACGUGUUCGAUGUGGCGGCACUGAUGGAGGACAGCGAGACGAAAACGGCAGCACUGGAGAAAGUGGCCGAACUGGAGGACGAAAUCAGUCAUGCCCACGACCGACUGUCAGAGCUUGAGCGAGAGAGCCUGGCACAGUUGGCAACCCUGGAGGCAGCGCUGGGGGAGGCUCGUACUGAGUUGGAAGAGGUGGUCGAGGGUCGACGGAGGGUUGAAGAAGAGGUCCAGACACUCCGGAGGGUGGUCAACUCCCAGCAGCUGGAGAGCAAGAGUCGGCAGUCCAUGCUGGAGGAGAAGAUACAAGAACUAAUCUCCAGGACUUCUCCAGAUUCCGGUGUGAGCAGUGCCUUGUCGUCGUGUUCCACAUCUUCGGCAAGCUCGUGUAGCAGUAACACAGUGCCCGCACCACCACCACCUCCGCCAAUAGCCUCACCACCACCGCCACCUCCACCUCCUGCUAGCAAGAGCCUGACACCCCCUGCCCCACCUCCACCAGUGGGCAUGAUGCCGGCCCCCGAUGGCGCUAUGACCAUCAAGCGCAAGGUCCAGACCAAGUACAAGUUGCCAUCUCUCAACUGGAUCGCACUCAAACCCAACCAGGUGCGCGGUACUCUGUUCAAUGAACUGGACGACGACAAGCUGUACAAAGUGAUCGACUUUGCCGAGUUCGAAGAGAUGUUCAAGUUGCCGGGCAGUGGAGGGCUGUUGUUGACCAACGGCACACACGAGGUGGACGGUCUCACCUCGCAGCCCAGCAAACGGUUCAAGAAACCCGAGACCGUCUCCCUGCUGGAACACACCAGGCUUCGCAACAUUGCCAUCUCUAGACGCAAGAUAGAGAUGUCAGUGGACAAAGUGAUAUCUGCCGUCAACGCUCUGGACUUGAAGCAGGUCUCGCUGGAGAACGUGGAACUGCUGCAGAGGAUGGUCCCCACAGACCAAGAGGCCAAGGCUUACCGUCAGUACCAGCUGGAGAAGAAAGACCUGUGUCUGCUGACAGAAGAGGACAGGUUCCUCAUGCAACUGACCAGAGUGGAGAGGCUAUCGAACAAGUUAUCCAUUAUGAGUUACAUGGGCAAUUUCCUGGACAACGUGCACCUCAUCACUCCGCAAGUGCACGCGAUAAUCUCUGCCUCAUCGUCGGUGAAGUCGUCGCGUAAGCUGCGCCGCUUGCUGGAGGUCGUGCUGGCUUUCGGCAACUACCUGAACAGCUCCAAGCGCGGACCUGCUUAUGGCUUCAAGCUGCAGAGUCUGGACACCCUCGGGGACACCAAGUCCAGUGACAAGCGCUCCUCCCUGCUCCACUACAUUGCGGAGACAAUACGCGAAAAGCUGCCUGAUCUGCGCACAUUUGACACAGAACUCCUACACGUGGACAAGGCGGCCAUGGGUGAGUGUUUGCGUUUGCUGAGACAAUUCUAAUUCCAAUGGUAUUGU